AUGCGAACUGUACUGGCAGCAAGUGUAAAAAAACUUCCCAAACAUCUUUCGGGCAAAGAUGAAGAUACUGCUAACACGGAAGGUAUCACAGAUAGAGACAAGGAUCGUAUUGUUGGUGGCAAUUUCGCAGAUAGGGGAGAAUAUCCUUGGCUAAUAGUUCUUAGAUAUAAUGGAGGGUUUAUAUGUGGCGGAACAAUAUUAAAUAAGGAUACCAUCCUGACAGCGGCGCACUGUGUCGAAGAGGAUCCGAAUCAAUGGUUCGGCGACUAUUCAAUAAAAGCGGGAGAUUACCAAACAUUCAAAAAGGAAUCAACAGAACAAAUAGUGCGAGUUCAACGUGUUAGAGUGCAUAAUAUGUACGAUAAACUCGCUGACACCGACAGAGAUAUUGCGAUUCUGAAGUUGAAGGAGUCACUUACAUUUAAUGACUAUGUCAAGGCGAUUCCUUUGGCAAGCAAAUCCCAAGAAAAAACGUUGGUGAAGCUGAAUAAAUGUGUUGUCGCUGGCAUCGGAGAUACUCAGAACUGGGACUCUACUCCUAAUAAAGCUAAGGAAGCAGCCGUAACAAUGAAGGGAAAAAGUACAUGCUCAAAACUGGCAAAGAAGUAUAAAGCCAAGUUUACAAAUUAUAUGGUGUGUUCCUUGGAUGAAGGGGAAGGAGCUUGCAGUGGAGACAGUGGAGGACCGUUGAUGUGUUUUGACAGACAGAGGAAAGCUUAUCAAGUGGGAAUUGUCUCAUAUGGCAGUGAAGAUUGUUGGGAUGGUUUUAACGUUUACGCAAGGGUUUCUGCUCUCAGAAAAUGGAUCAAAAAAUAUUUAUAGAUAGUUAUUGAAUAGCAAGCCUUAGAUUUAUUUUGUACUGUUUAUGUACUUAGGAACAAAAAAAUAAAAUAAAGGAAUGACAAAUGUAUAAAUGUGACUUUUUUCUGGUACCAGUGAU